ACAGAUAAUUCUUAUCAAUUAUUAUAUAGCUUUGAAUUUAAAUUGAGUUGAUUUUAUACUGAUUAAAUACAAUUUUGUAACUUCUUUCAUCCGUUAAAUUAUUUCGGAACCAGUAGUCUCAUGCGCAACGUUUAUUUUAUUUUUGUUAUAUAGAAACAAAAAUUGGUGCAAAAGAUGUUGACAAAAAUCCAUGCACUCCCUGUUUGCAUCUUUGUUUUCAUUCCAUUCUCAUUUUUGCUCACCUAUUGUAUAGCAGUUUCUUUGAAUCAUGUGGAAGUUGGCUUUCCUUACAUCAGUGACACAGGCACAUAUGUGCCAGAAAGUUGCAUUUUUAGUCAAGCCAUUAAUCUAGUAUCUUUUUUAUUGGCUAUAUUUAUGUAUGUGCAAUACAAACAUGUAGAGCAGCAUUAUAGGGAUCAUUUAUCAUCAGAAUUCACCAUAGUUUUAAAGCUUAAUCGAUGGGCAGUUUUUGUUGGAUGGCUUGGUUGUUUUGGUGUAAAUAUUACAGCUAAUUUUCAGGAAACUUCAGUUAUAAUUGUUCAUAUGUGUGGGGCACUUAUGGCAUUUGGCUGUGCUGCAUUGUAUAGCUGGAUGCAAACUGUUAUUUCGCAUUAUGUCUGCCCUCUACUUAAUUCAGUUCUCAUUGCACGAUUGAGAGUAUUUUUCUCUCUUAUCCAGACAGCUGCUUUUGUAACUACCCUCGUUGCUGGCAUCAUAGCUCAUUAUAACUUUCACGGAAAAGAUGGCACAAAAUGGCAUGAAGAAGAUGGGGGAUUUACUGCUCAUGUUAUUAGUACUGGUGCUGAGUGGAUACUUGUUAUGGCUUUCGAUUUCUUCAUUCUCACUUAUGCCCGAGAAAUGCAAAAUAUAUCUAUAUCCUCCCCUAAAAUACAUUUUAUAACUGAUGAUCUGACUAUUCAGAGCAGAGAAUUUUAUCACAGUGAAGAUCGUAUUAACAUCACAACUUCUCAAAAUAGCCUUCGUACUGUUAAUUCUUUAGCUAACAAUAGUUAUCCAGAUUUUGGUAAAGAAAAUGUGCUUACUACUCAAGCUGUAGUUCAUUAAAUUUUUUUAUGUUACAUAUUUGUAUCUUCCAGAUAUUUUCAGAUGUAGAUGGGUUAAUAACUGUGAUGAAGUUCAGUUUAAGAAUUGAAAGUAAUAUUUUUAGACUGUUUGGCUAUGUUGUUUUAUUGUACAAAUAAUUUUUUUUUGUAAAUUGUACAAAAUAACUGUACAAUAGUUAGCAAUUUUAUAGUUAAUUUUAAUAUUAAACAGAAAUAUUGCAUAUUUUUUGUUUUACCUUCAUUUGGAUACUGAUUUUGUAUUAAGAUUUUUUUUCAUUCUCACAUAAUUAAAGAGAAUAACAGAAUUAACAAAUUUCUACAAAGAAAACUGUACUGCAUUUUCUUAUUUUUAUUGUAAUAUAUCUUUCUAAGCAGAAUUUCGUCUCUCAAGUAAAAUUUUCUAAGUCUACAGAAAUAAUGGUUUUGAUAGAAAUUCAAUUUAUGCAAAUAAUGAUCUUGCAAAUAGUAUCACUAUAAUCACAUGAUUGUUAAUGCUGUUUUAAUAAUUAUUUUAAAUGUUCCUGUCUAUAUAUAUUCAGCUGUAGGCAUAUGUUAGCAAAUUUUUAUAAAGUAACUUUAAAUCAUACAAACAGAAUUUCUGAAGUUAUAAGAAAAAUAUUAGAAAAUUAACAGAUUAUUGAAAAUUCAUUGUUACAUCAUUCUUUGGAUUGCUUUUAUAGUUUUAUUAACUGUUUUAAGGAAUAUUGCAGAAAAUAAAUUACCUAUUGGAUAUAUUCUGCAUUUUAAAUUUUUUAUGGUCACAAUUUAGUGCAUCAAAUACUAAUUAAAGCAACCAAUUAUGAUACAUUAUAGUUAAGAAGUUAAGAUUGUUUAAACUAUCGUAAAGGAGCAUAAAUUUCUGAAUUUUUUCUUCCAGUUUUUGUAUUAUUACACACGAAUUUUUACUAUAGUAAAUAAUUUAAUUUAAUAACUUAUAAUUUAAGAUAAAAUGGAAGAUUUACUGCAUGUUUAAAGCAGAAUUACAGACAAAUUGUUUUAUGAAAACAAAAUAGUAUGUUAAAAAUCAAUAAUAUUUACACUGUUAAUUAUUAUGCUUUUUGAUUUUAUCACUUUUUUCAUUCAUUGAAAACUGAUGAUAGUUCAUGCAAAAAGAAGUUGAGAUUUGGUUUAUUUUGAUUUCAUGCAUUUUUUUUUGGGGGGGGGAGGUUCUCUUGUGAUUUAUGUUGGCAGUUUUUGAUGUGUAUUGUAAUUUUAUUAUUAUAUGUAAUGUUUUGUAUAGUUUAUUUUGUGCCGCAGAAAAGGUUAAAAAAAAAAAAUCUAGACUUUAAACUUUAAAAAAAUUGUUUUAAUUUCAUUUAAAGCCUAUGGAAUAGAUGAAGAAUUGUAAUUAUCUGAUAGUAUUCAUAAUCCUUGUGAUUUCUUUGCAAAUUUUAAUGCAUUGAAUUCCUUGUUUUGUUAUUCUAUAUCUGUGAUAAUAAUUCUUGAUCUGCAUUUGUAUAUUUCGAUGUUAAAAUUUUUAGUAGUUCUUAACUGUUUGAGGUAGAAUUUGAAAAAAAAAAUUUUCUUAUUAUCCAACUUUUUUUUUCCUUGAAUAAUAUGUGGUCUUUUAGAAGAUAUAUCUUGAAGAAGGGAAGCUGUUAAAUGAGUUUGAAGAGUUAUGUUGUAUCUGCUAUAUAAUGUAAAUUGUUUGCAAUGACUUUAUUUUCAAUUUUCAGACAGUUUAAUUAUUCAGUUGAAUUAUAUUUCAAUUAGUCAAUUUCGGUUCAGUCAAUUUUCAGUGAAUUAAGUUUUUUGUAUUAAAUUUGUUGUUAUUGAUUUCAACUGAUAUAAUUGGUAUUAUCAGUGUUUCCAAUGAGUUUAAAUUCAGUAUUAAUUUAAUGAAUUAUGAAUACUAUUCUUGUAAAUAAUUAAAUAGUUAGAAAUGGGCAAAGUAUAUUUCCAAAGUAUUGUAAAAAGAAAUGAAUUGUUUCAUUAAAAUAUCCUUCAUCUUACUGUAUGAAAAUUUGUUUUGAUUCAUUGUAUUUUCUUAAAAAAGUUUCCAAAAUUAAUGUUAUUCUUAAUAAUGGAAAGUUUUAGAUAAAUGUUUUUAAGUUUAUUUUUCACUGCCUUUUGCAUCUUGUGCCAAACAUGGCUGUUAAAUUAAUCAUUGUUAAUUUGAAUAUUUUAAAAACAUAAUAUGUUUUUGAAUUCAAUUCAGCAUUUAUUUAUUGUUAUGCUUUUUAAUGUUUAUUUAUUUCUUAUGGAAUAUUUUAAGAAAACAUUCAAAAUGUUGUGUAAUAUUAGAAUUUAAUAUUAUGAGGAAGUGAAUAAUUACAUUAAGAAUUCUCUUAUUAUGCACAUGUGUCAUUUUGUGCUUUUUUCUUCCUCUCUCUCUCUCUCUGAGAGAUUGUACCUGUCUGUUUACCUUAGUCAGUUACCAUAAUUUAUUUUUUUCAUUUUCUCCCUUCCAUCGCAUAUACUUGGGUCAGCAUAUAAAUGUUUGAACCAGAAAUGGUCUGGGAGCAUAAUUUUAAAUCUGUUUUGAACAUUUUUGUUGAUUACUGUUCAUGAUGUUUUAGUUACAAAAUUCAUUUGUCAUAUGAGAUAUAGGAAUUUUAUGUUCUUGAUAUUAUUAUUAAUUUAAAAGGGGGAAAUUAUUCAGAUAAUUUGAUUUUAAUUGUAUAUAAAUUGUAAUUUUUUUGUUGAUGCUAUUUUAUUUAUUUUUUUCUCUGUUUUUGUAUGAUUAUUAAAAAACUUACCAGUGAAACAUUGAUGUAUGUACAUAUAUUUCAGCUUUACUGUUGUUUGAGGGUUGCUAUAUUUUUAAAGAAUUAAUAAAGUUUGAAAUAUUGCAGGUUUAUGAGCCUGUAUUUAAA